GGAGGGGAGAGGCGGGGCGGGACGGCGCGGGCGACGGCACUGCUGCUGGACUUUGCGGAGCUGGGCGGUACCGAGGCGGAGGCGGAGGCGGCGGCCCGGUUCGUGCGGGCUACGCCGGUCUGCGGCUCGCUCUCUGGCGGUGUGCGCCUCCGCGGGCGCGCGCUCCGCUCCUGGGCGGGCGGGGUGGCCGUGACGCGCCGUGAGGGAGCGCGGAGCCGCAGCCGCCGCCGCCGGGAAGCCCUUGUUCGCGCGGCCGGGAAGGAGCGUCGGGCGCCCACAAGAUGGCGGACGGGGAGCUGAACGUGGACAGUCUCAUCACCCGGCUGCUGGAGGUACGAGGAUGUCGUCCAGGAAAGAUAGUGCAGAUGACUGAAGCAGAAGUCCGGGGCUUAUGCAUCAAGUCUCGGGAGAUCUUUCUCAGCCAGCCUAUUCUGUUGGAAUUGGAAGCACCGCUGAAAAUUUGUGGAGAUAUUCAUGGACAGUAUACAGACUUACUGCGGUUAUUUGAAUAUGGAGGUUUUCCACCAGAAGCCAACUAUCUCUUCUUAGGCGAUUAUGUGGACAGAGGGAAGCAGUCUUUGGAAACCAUUUGUUUGCUAUUGGCUUACAAAAUAAAAUAUCCGGAGAACUUCUUUCUCUUAAGAGGAAACCAUGAGUGUGCUAGCAUUAAUCGCAUUUAUGGAUUCUAUGAUGAAUGCAAACGAAGAUUUAAUAUUAAGUUGUGGAAGACCUUCACUGAUUGCUUUAACUGUCUGCCUAUAGCUGCCAUCGUGGAUGAGAAGAUCUUCUGUUGUCAUGGAGGACUGUCACCAGACCUGCAAUCUAUGGAGCAGAUUCGGAGAAUCAUGAGGCCCACUGAUGUCCCUGAUACAGGUUUGCUCUGCGAUUUGCUGUGGUCUGACCCAGAUAAGGAUGUACAGGGUUGGGGAGAAAAUGAUCGUGGUGUUUCCUUCACAUUUGGAGCUGACGUAGUCAGUAAAUUCCUGAAUCGUCAUGAUUUAGACUUGAUUUGUCGAGCACAUCAGGUGGUUGAAGAUGGAUAUGAAUUUUUUGCUAAACGACAACUGGUGACUCUGUUUUCAGCCCCAAAUUACUGUGGCGAGUUUGAUAAUGCUGGUGGAAUGAUGAGUGUGGAUGAGACCUUGAUGUGUUCAUUUCAGAUAUUGAAACCAUCUGAAAAGAAAGCUAAGUACCAGUAUGGUGGACUGAAUUCAGGACGCCCUGUCACUCCACCUCGGACAGCUAACCCACCGAAGAAAAGGUGAAGAAAGGAACUCUGAAGAAGCCGUCAGAUCUGUUAAGGACAUACUUCAUAAUAUAUUAAGUGUGCACUGUAAAACCAUCCAGCCAUUUGACGCCCUUUAUGAUGUCACACCUUUAACUUAAGGAGAUGGGUAAAGGAUCUUAAUUUUUUUCUAAUAGAAAGACGUGCUACACUGUAUUGUAAUAAGUAUACUGUUAUAAUAUUCAACAAAAUUAAAUCCAAAUUCUAAACUACCCAUUAAAAUUACAUUGUCACAUUUCCCAGUUUUUAAAGCUGCAAAACAUCCCAGCUAAACUAGAUGUGAUAGUCAAAUCAGAUGAAAGCAUGAUGAUCCAUCUGUGUCAUGUGGUUUUAGUGUUGCUUGGUUGUUUCAUUUGGGCUUGUUCUGUUUUGUUUAUUUUUGCUAGAAUAAUGGCAAAUGUUUUUUUCUAAAUAUUUUUAAAAGUGAAAUGUGGGAAGAACUUUAAAGACACUCACCAACUAUUAUUUUCCCUCUCUUAUUUACUUAUGUAACCUGUUCAAAAAAAAUUUUGCCUCGUUACAGCAAAAGGAAUUUUAGAGGUUGAUAUUCUAAAAACAUAUAUAUGUAAAGUGUCCAAUCCAGUGAUUCAGUGAAACAGUUCGGGCAAACUUUACAGCUGAUAGUGAAUAUUUUGCUUUAUACAGAAAUCACCACUGAUUGGGAUUUGUGCACUCUAAUUUUUAACUUAUUGAUGCUCUAGUGUGCAGUAGCAUUUCAUUUAACUUUAAGAUAAGGCUCAUACUGUAGUCUUACCCACCUAGUUGGUAAUGUGAUUAUGUGGUACCUUGGUUUUAGGUUUUAAUUCGCACGAGUUUUGGCAUGCUUAGCUUUUGCUAACACCCCCUCACCCGCAUUGGUUUUGUUUGUUUUUUUGGGGUGGGGAACUUCGUUGGUUGAUGUUUAUUUUUUUAGAUCCACACAACAUGAGAAUCCUUUUUUGACAAGCCUUGGAAAGCUGACACUGUCUCUUUUUUUCUUCCCUCUGUCUGAAGAAUGUGUUUAAAUGAAUGCUGGUCAGUGGGACAUUUUGUCAACUAUGGUUAUUGGGUGCUUAUCUGUCUAAUAUUGCCAUGUGAGUGUUGUAUACGAUUGUAAGGCUUACGUCACUAAAGAUUUUUAUUCUGAUUUUUCAUGAUCAAAGUUCAUAUGAUAUUGUAUAGAUGCUUUGUAGUGUGAGCUAUUGUAGCAAUAAUUUCUGUACAUGAUCAAGGGUUUAUUACAGUAUUUCUUUUCCCGUUAUCCCUCCCCCCUUCUCUUUUAAAGGGUUAGUGUUAACAGUGAAUGACAGGAAGUGGAAAUGUCAACAUAAAGAGCUUUAGAAGAACUUACAGGACACAAAUCUGUGGUUCUUUGGGUGCAACACUUUGAAUGUGACUCUAAAAGCUUUUAUGAACAUUGUCAAAUUUGUAAGCUCCAUAGGGACGGACAUCAUAUUUAUAAUGCCUUUCUGUGUUCUGCCACAGGUGUGAAAUUCCUGACCUUAAUAUUGUCUUGGAAAAUGUUGAAUUGAGAAUUCUGUUAACUUACAUUUUAUGAAUUGGCGUAUUGUAUUAUUGCAAGAGAUUUGAUUUUCAGCACAGUGCAAAGUUCUUGAAAUGCAUAUAUGUCUUUUUUUUUCCUAAUUCCAUUUUGUUUUAAAGCACAUUUUCAAUGUAGUUUUCUCAUUUAGUAAAAGUUGUCUAAUUGA